UUAAGAUAAAGACUCAAGUGUGGAUGCAAGACAAUGAGGAGUAUCUAAAGGAAAUGGAAGCUAAACGAAAAAAGCAAGAAAUGGAUAGACAAAAUGGGAUUGGCACUACUCGAAGGCGUCGACGAAUGAAAAAAGACAAGCCUGGAGACUUGCCUCCAUCAACGACUCCAGCUGAAGCAGCUAGACGUCUUCUUGAAUCAAAAAGAGCGUCCAAGAAGAUUAGAUACGAAGUUCUAGAAUCUCUGUUUGAUAACAAUUUCAUGGCUGAUGCGACCGUUGCGUACGCUGCGUCGCCAGCACCAUCUUGGC